UUUCAACUUGCACUUACAGUUAUCGAAUGGGAAUUAUGAUAGACAAAAAUAUAUUACGGAUUUCUAGUCCAGAAAGAGAAUACAUAAUUUGUAAAAGAAUUAUUUGUGCUGUUGGUAUUCAUCUCAGGAGUUUCCAGUUCUGUAAACUUCUUCUUUCAAAUAUAGAGAACUUGUUUGCUGCUUUGAUUGUAAUCGGCGUAUCAUCCUUAAGUAUUAAUUUAUUCCGACUCCUUCAAGAGAUAACAUUGUAUGAUAAUAUGGUAGAUAUAUUUUUAUCGGUUGGUAUUAUUAUAAUUCAUUUCUUGUAUUUCUUCUUUGGCAACCAUGUUGGUCAACUAGUAAUGAAUAAUAAUGGUGACAUUUAUAACACUAUGUAUGUAUGUAACACUUUGUACAUAUUACAUCUUUUUCAAAAAAUUUCAGAGAAUUUAUCUUACAUAUUAUUGUUCGAACUAUUAAUAUCAAAUUAAUAAUAGC